CAAACAGUUGCAGCAAAUUGUGAUUUAAAUUAGCCCGUAGAACACAUUUUGUUUGUCUUUUUACAAUCAAACAAAAGAAAAAAAACAUCUAAAAAUGGUUAAUCUGUUAUGCUAUUGCUAUAAGAUCAUGGAAUGAAAUGGGGAUGAACAAGACUUGAAGAGGGCUUAGAACAAUAUUUUGGAGGGGGGGUGAUUUUUGUGAAGAAAUGGGAGGGGAAGAAUCAGGAACAUGUGAGGAGAAGAGUAGGAUUUUGAUAGUGGGAGGCACUGGUUACAUAGGCAGGAGGUUCGUGAGAGCCAGCUUGAGCCUUGGCCAUCCCACUUAUGUCUUGUUUCGCCCAUUUACAGGUCUUGAUAUUGAGAAGUUGCAAAUGUUAUUUUCUUUCAGAAAUGCUGGUGCCCAUCUGGUUAAGGGGUCUUUUGAUGAUAAAGAGAGCCUUGUGGCCGCUGUGAAGCAAGUGGACGUUGUUAUAUGUGCGAUUGCUGGAAACCACAUCCGCAGCCAUGCAAUCCCUGAACAGAUAAAGCUGGUGGAAGCCAUUAAAGAGGCCGGCAACAUCAAGAGAUAUCUUCCGUCUGAAUUCGGAAUAGACCCUGACAAAAUGAUGGACGCAAUAGAGCCAGGAAACGUGACUUUCAUCGACAAAAGAGAAGUGAGAGGUACGAUUGAAGCAGCGGGGAUCCCUUACACCUAUGUCUCUGCAAACUGCUUUGCCGGUUACUUCGUGGGGGGUCUUGCCCAACGCGGUCGUUUAACACCACCCACUGACACAGUUUUCCUCUACGGUGAUAGCAAUGUAAAAGCAAUUUGGGUGGAUGAAGAUGACGUUGCAAUUUACACAAUAAAGUCUGCUGUAGAUCCUCGCACUGUUAACAAGGCUGUUUACAUUCGCCCUCCAGCUAAUAUUCUGUCACACAGAGAGGUGAUUGAAUUAUGGGAGAAAAAGUCUGGCAAUGUCUUGCAGAAGAUAUCCGUGUCAAGAGAUGAGUACUUGAAUCUUAUGAAAGGUGAGAACUUGGCGGAGCAGAUUGGCAUGACACAUUUCUACCACAUAUUCUACGACGGAUGCCUCUAUAAUUUUGAGAUAGGUGAGGAGGGAAGAGAGGCUAGUCAGCUAUACCCAGAUGUCAAAUACACCACUGUAGAUGCCUAUCUUGAUCGCUAUCUAAUAUGACAAUCAACUCUGUCUCA